GUACCAGCAAACGGGAAUGCUUGGAGUGAAGUCUGACUUGUACUCAUUUGGUGUGGUGCUUCUGCAAAUCAUCACAGCGAUGCCAGCAAUGGGUUUAAGCCAUAGAGUAGAGAAAGCAAUUGAGAAGAAGAGACUCAGAGAAGUUUUGGAUCCAAAAAUAUCAGACUGGCCUGAAGAAGAGACUCUGAUUCUAGCUCAGUUGGCUCUGCAGUGCUGCGAGCUGCGGAAAAAGGACAGACCUGAUCUUGCUUCCGUUUUGCUGCCUGCACUGAGCAAACUACGGGAGUUUGCAACAGAGGAUCAUGAAGUACGUAACUCCAACAGAAUAUUUUCUGUGUCACGUGCUCACAAUUCGGUUCCUCUUUCCCCAAUAUCUUCCUCUCAGAUAGAGGAUGCAUUGAGAACAUCCUAUUGACAAAAACAUUGGAACUUCAACUUAGAACAAAGUGAAGCGACAUUGGCUAUCUCUGAGAUCUGCGAUGAACUUGUUCAGUUUAAGCAUCCGAUGCCCUCCCAUACUUAUUAGACGAAAGCGAUUUACAUGAUCAUAAACAAGCCAAUACGAUGGAAUUUGCUGCCAGUCUUUCAUGAUUUGUACUCCACCAGUUCAAUGUUGAUCUCCCAUACUGUCGAAGUUCCUAUUUUGUAUAUCAAACACUUUAUUUUUUGGUCUCUUGAAAAAAACACCUUUCUUAUAGUAGAGUUGUCUCGCCCUUGCAAAUUCAACUCACCUUUGCGGAAGAGCAU